CUAGCACUGUCGCGCAGCAAAACACAGGUUACCGGGAUAUAGAUAUGCACGGCCAGCCGUAUAUCCGAAGAUGCCUACGCAGAACGAGACGCCUUAGUUUUGCCACUUGGAUCUACUGAUUCAUCCAAUCCGCAGGUGUUGGACAUGGCUCUGUUGAACAUAUGAUCAACAAAUUGGUUCGAUCGCUUUAGUUUUAGCAAGCCUCUCUAUUUCAAUUCCAGGUCGUCUUGGCGAAAUAAUAAUCUUACUAGACACGAUGCAUACAUUUAUUAACUCUAACGUUCAGUUUUGAUACACACACAUCGUAUUCAUGUCCAAACUUCACGGAAUUACAUUUGACAUAUGAAAGCUUACACAUGGUAGGAGUAUUGUGAUAUUAUGAUGCCUGAGCGAACUGUCAGUAACGUGUCGGAUAACGCAGUGUCAGCCUAUGUCACGUCCACCCCCGGUGACGCAUUGACUAUAGAAACGACGGAAGUUUGGCGGACGCUAAUGGCGGUGUACCUUGGCGCCAUCCUCUUCCUAUCAUUGACCUUCAACGGCACCCUCUGCAUGCUGUUCUACAAAAAGACGCACCUGCUCAGCGUCUCCAACUGCUUUGUACUGAAUCUGAUCGUCUGCCAGCUGUGCAUAUCGCUGCUUCUGUUGCCAUUCAGUCUAUUCGCUGUGGUUUCCCAACAUCUUGAGUAUUCGGGGAGAUGGUGUCAAGCACAAGGCUUCCUUUUCAACGUGUUCGUUGUCACCCAACAGUUUGCACUUCUCACGAUUUCACUGGACCGCAACUACGCGAUCAUGAACUCCCUCCGUUACCCGAACGUCUUCACACAGCCCCUAUGCGUUACAUUUAUAGCAGCAUCAUGGGUGUUGGCUAUAAUUGUAAGCAUACCACCGUUAGUGGAUUCCGGUCUUGGAAGAUAUGCAUUUCACAGGAAUCAUUUCCUUUGUUCAAUUGAUUUUGACAUUUCUAGUGGCUACACCUUGGUAUUUUGCAUUAUUGUAUUUGCAUUGCCGAUUUUUCUUCAAGGUGUAUGCUACAUAAGGAUAUUUCUUGCGGCCGUAGGGCACACCAAGCGCAGCGCCAAGGUGGCGCCACUGGUUGCACAGCGGUCGCAUGUCAGCGUGGAACCUGAGUCCUCCACGACCAGCACUGUCUCCACGGAAGUGCAUUCACAUUCGAUUGAGUGCAAGGCUGUCAGAACAAUAUUCAUUAUUGCGAUAGCUUUCAUGAUUUGUUGGGUACCUUACUUCGUUGAAAUAAUCAAAUCAAUGAACGGUGAAAAGAUCAACCCGAAUUUCAGUGCCGCUUCAAUCUGCUUUCUGUUCGCAGCUGGCAUACUGAAUCCACUAAUAUACGCGUACAUGAAUCGCGUAACACGACGAGAGAUCGGUCGCUUUGUGUGUGGCAGUUCGAUGUCCCAAGAUUCCGAAGACUUUGCGUCUACCAGCAUGAGCACGCACACCUCCACGUGGGGCACACAACCCAAGGUCCGCAGCAAAAGUAUUGCGACGAACAAUGACAUGUGCACAAUACAUGAGGUUCCCGAGGAAAGUGUCUUUCCUCGCGAAGUGGACCGCCGCCCGCCCGCCGGUACUUCAUCAAGUCACUUGUGUUCGCCUGGACAACAAAGCUUUUCAAGUACAGAUCAUUUCGUUGUCGAAACUGGAAAUGCUACGGCUAUAAACAGCACUGAAAUUGUGAUGGAAACUGAAAAUACAGCCAGUGGCAGCUAUGACGGAGCAGGCCCAUCUACAGAAGGAACGGCUCUUCAUUCCGGGCAAUCAUAUUGGAAAAUUAUUAAUAGCGAACGGUUUAAGGAGCAGCGAAGACAGACAUUACCAAAGGAGAAUGACGGUCCCUCAUAUUUUUCUGUAAGGGGACGUCGGCGUAAGCGCGACUGUGGCUCCUUCUUGUACUUUGAGAACGGCGGCGGUAAGUCCAAGAGGAACCAGGUGCAAAGCAUCUCUGUUAGAGUACCAAACAUUCAAUUGCGAUUGUCAGUAAAAGAAACCGAUCUAGAUAAAAUUCAUAAAUUGUCUGUCAGGUCUAAUUUUGAAUACGAGCGUAAGGACAGGUCGAGGAGUUUGCAACAAGCUAGUCAAAAUGUGGGUAUGCACGCAAGGGCGGCUCGUAUGCAACAGGCCAGUACAAACCCAAGCUCAUACCGCGGAUCGGUAAGUGGACCUGAUGUCACGGAAACACAAACUCCAGGUGAAUACGAAAGGGGCAAUCGGUUGAUAAAUAUUGCAUCAAUGAAAAGUGUUUUGACCAAAUCUUUUGAAAACCUGUCGAGAAUAGAUACACUUGUUGAUCAGCCGUAUGACGGGGGCCGUUGUAAAUCCGAGCCGUGUGCACUCAAUCGGGUAAUGAAAGGCUAAACAAUAUUCAUCGUUAGUAUGUAUACAAUAUUUAUAGCGUGGAAGAACACCCACGCAGCAACGUCAGGAACAACGCGUGUAGAUAAUACCAGCACUCACAUGGUCAAUACUUCAUCCGUAUGAUACAACACUUAUUAUAUUGCAAACAUUACGGGAUGUUCAAUGCCUUGGAUCAGUAUCCAUUUAGCACUCAAGUUUUCUUCUUAUUUUUGAAUGCUUGAUAAAGUACCAUUUGCAGAAUUAUGUUUUACUUACUUUUUUAAGUGUCUAUAUUCUGUAUUUUGUAAUUAAACGUUUAAAAAUGU